AUGUCUUCUAGCUUUUUCUCAUACGAAUCAUACGACGCUCCCAAUCUGUUCGAGUUCAAAGACCUCUCAGCAUCUACUAAGCGAGUCCUCAGCAAGGUGUACUCAAAUCUUGCCCUUCUUGCAGGAAGCUGCGCUCUUGGUGCUCUUGGCAAUAUUUUCAUGCACAUAGGUGGUCAAUUCACAGGGUUCGCUUCACUUAUCUGCCUCCUCUGCUUCCUAAAUGCAGACCAAAAAAGCAUAUGGAGAUUCCCACUUCUUCUUUUAUUCGGUUUUCUAGACGGUGUCAGCAUUGGUCCACUUAUUAACCUUGCCCUCCACGUUGACCCUUCAAUUCUGAUCACAGCCCUUUUCGCGACUUUCGGAAUCUUUGUAAGCUUCAGCUUAGCAGCUCUCAAAGCUGACAAAAGAAGGUUCUUAUACUUAGGCGGGAUUCUGGGGACUUCAACCCUUUUCAUUAUGAUUUGCUCUCUUUUAGGGAUGAUUGGAUUGGCAUCAAAUUUCAUGUUCAAUGUUCAAUUAUAUCUUGGCUUAUUGGUCUUCUGUGGAUAUGUGAUUUAUGAUACUCAGCUGAUUAUUUAUCAAAUCGAGAUAGGGAACAAAGACGAUUUAGCUCACGCUAUGCAUUUGUUUGUGGACUUGGUAGCAAUUUUUGUGAGGAUUUUGAUCAUUUUGAUGAAGAACGCGGAUAAAGAAAAGAAAGAUAAAAAGUAA